AUGGAAUCAAUUUUCGAGCAACUAUCCUCAAAUAUUAAACUUCUUGUCUAUGCCGACGACAUACUUGUAAUAGCUUGGGGACAAGACCAUACACUAAUAAGGAGUCGACUUCAGGAAGCUAUGAACACAAUUCAUCGCUGGGCGGUUACCACGGGAUUUUCUCUAUCGCCAUCUAAAUCGCAACUUUUACACGUCUGUAGAAAAUACAAACACUACAGUGUUCCCCGUCUGCAAAUCAACGGGACACUAAUCGAAGAAGUCAAUGUCGCUAAAAUUCUGGGAGUAACGGUUGACCGUCGACUACGAUUCUCAGCUCAUGCUAGGGCCUGUCGUAAAGCACUUGAGUCAACCCAAAACCUGUUCCAAAUUAUGGGAAGUCGUCUAAUUGGAGGAAACAGGAGAUCGCUUAUGAGAAUCCAUCAAAGCCUUACAAUUCCGAAACUGUUCUACGGCAUCGGAUUUAUCAGUAUCGGCAGUGAACAAUUCAUCAGAAAAUUACGCCCGGCAUACAAUUCUAUAGUGAGAAGUAUAACUGGAGCUUUCCGAACAAGCCCAAUUAAUUCAAUUUAUGCCGAAUCUGGAAUGCUUCCAUUUGAAUACCUCUACGUACAACAGCUUACUAAAUGUGCAAUACUAAGACAGCAGAGGGUUACUAUCGAAGAUUCGAAUAAAACACUAACAAUCAUUCAGAGAGCUAAUUCACAACUCCGAAAUUUGACGAAUGAACAGAUACCGUACAUCGAACCAAUAACGCGACAUGGGCCCCGCCAAUGGAAUGCUAAAACUAUAAAAGUUGAUUGGAAACUAAAACUUAAACUUCGAUCCGGUGCAAACUCAAUGCAGGCAAUACCUCUUUUCACUGAACAUAUCAACCGAGAAUAUUCAAAUCAUCUACACAUCUAUACUGAUGGUUCGAUAGCUGACAACCGGGUAGGUUGCGGAAUCUGGUCCUCAAAUAUUCAAAAACUAAUGCGACUCCGACCGGAAUGCUCCAUAUUCUCGGCUGAAACCUACAGCAUACUCAAUGCGAUUAAAAGUGUUAAUGACAUCGAUUCACCUCUAGUAAUCUUCACGGAUUCGGCGAGUGCUAUAACCGCAGUUCAAAAUGGGUCCUCCAAACAUCCGUGGAUUCAAUCCAUCGAAACAGCUGGACAGUUCAAAAACAUAACUCUCUGCUGGAUCCCUGGACACACUGGUAUAACGGGUAACGAACUUGCUGACCACCUAGCCAACGAAGCCAGAGCAAUGCCCAGCAUUGCACAAGGUGUUCCAGCACAAGAUGCCAUAAGAAACCUGAAGCACAUCAUUAGACAAAGUUGGGAAAGUGUUUGGACAAGCCAUAACCAACCAUUUCUUCGCCAGAUCAAAUGUAAUACCUACGCAUGGAACGACCGCAAACAACGCCAGGAAACACGUGCACUAUGUCGACUGCGUAUCGGUCACACAAGACUGACGCACUCGGGACUGUUCCUUAGAAACCGAGAACUGUGUGAUACCUGCAACACAUUACUGACAGUUCCACACAUCCUACUAGAAUGUCGCAAAUACAAUUCAAUUAGAACAACAUGUGAAAUCCAAGGAGACAUCAGCGAAGUGCUAUCUAACAAUGAACAAAGAGAAUCCAAAUUGAUAGAAUAUUUGAAACAAACAAAAUUACUGCACCAACUGUAA